AUAUGGGCGGCUUGAGAUCCAACCCAUUUUUAAUACGCCCAAAUCCAACCCAAACCCGCCUAUUUGCCACGGCUACUUCCAACAAUCUUCAAUUCGUCCAAAUCCAUAUCGUUUGCUUUUCUUCUGUAGAUGACAAAGUUGUAGGCUAUGACAUCGUCGUCAUCGAGUUCUCUGAUUCGUCGAAUUGUUCCCUUUUUCACCACUCGGAUUCGCCAAAAUUACCGCCUUUUGAAUUCUUCUGCUUCUUCUGCUCUAUCUCAACCCCAAUCCCAAUCCCAAGUCGAAGCUCCCGAUUCCGUUUUAAUGACCGAGAGCUGCGUUCGUAGGAUGAAAGAGUUGCAAGCUGGUGAACACCAAGAGAAGAUGCUUCGUUUGAGUGUUGAAGCUGGUGGUUGUUCGGGGUUUCAAUAUGAAUUCUCUCUAGAUGAUAAGACCAAUUCUGAUGACAGAAUUUUUGAGCGUGACGGAGUUAAAUUGGUCGUGGAUAAUGUAUCAUAUGAUUUCGUCAAAGGUGCAACUGUUGAUUAUGUCGAGGAGCUGAUUCGCUCUGCUUUUCAGGUGUCUACCAAUCCUAGUGCAGUGGGUGGAUGCAGUUGUAAAAGUUCAUUUAUGGUGAAGCAGUAAAAUGGCACAUUCAGCCAAAUAAUCGGCAUUCCAAUGAGCAGGACAUGGUUUAUUAAUCCUUCUGGUGUCUAAUAUCUGUUCAUCAUAUACUUGUACCUUUUGUGGUAGCAAGACCUGCAUUAUGAGGCAUUUUUCCGAAUUUGUACUCAAGAGAUCAUAGGUUCUUUUGUACAUGUCAAUUCUUUUGUCUUGUUGGAGGGUAGAAUGGUAUUGUUAAACUAAGCAGACAGACAGGCUGUUGUAUUUUAGGCAAUAAUUCCAGCUGAAGAGAUGCUAUUCAGCAUUUGACAAGGAAAAUUGAAGUGAAGAUGCUUCAAUCAGAACACAUCUUACUCGCGGCAUUCCCUGUAGGCUGUAGCUAUUGUUAUGAAGGUCCUGAGAGCAUGCAUACUAGAUAGUGUCGCCAUCCACUAUGGUAGAAAAGUUUGAUGAAGCAAAGCUUUAUGUUUCUGUAUGAUGCUUGAAAUCUAUGUUCAUGUUGAUGGAACAAUGCUCAGGUGAUGGUCUAAAAGUGGUAUCAAAGAUUGGGGGAAAUGCCAAUAUGAAGGAGCUACUUACACCAAAGCUAGUAAUUGUUGUCAAAAAUGUUACAUUUCACACCACUAUUAUCUGUCGAUACUGUCUGUCUUAAGUUUUUCUACUUAACGCUUCAAUUAUCAUUAAUGAGCACCCACUUAGUCUUUCUCUCA